CCGCGGAAUUGAGACGCCUCGGGGCAAAUGAGUGGCGGCGGAUCUCCCAGCUUGCUCCGGGGCCGGCGCUUCUACUGCCGGGAAUGGGCCCUGGACAAGCUGCGGCGCAGCCUGGACAACCGGCCGGCGCCGGGGCAGCCCCCGGGGCUGCUGGUGACCGGGGGCCCCGGCGCCGGGAAGACGGCCCUGUGCACGGAGGUGGUGUGGCCCACCUCGAAGGUCGGGCUGGCGCUCGGGCUGGCGCCGCGCUGCCUGGCCUUCCACUUCUGCCAGCGGGAGGACCAGAGGAGCUCUUCGCCGUGGAGGUUCGUCCUGGGCCUGGUGGAGCAGCUGAGGGCCUCGCCUCUCCUCCAUCCUGGGUACAAAGAGAUCCUCAACAGCCCAUCCGUAUCCUCCUGCUUGGAGCCAGUCGCCUGUCAGAGAGACCCCGACGACACCUUCAAGAGAGCAGUGUUGGGACCCCUGUUGGACCUCCCUCCUCCUGGCCAGACUCUGAUGCUCUUGGUGGACUCCCUUGACGUCGGGUAUGGGGCAGGCGAGGGGAGUGGGAGGAGCUGCUCCAUUGCUCAUCUUCUGGCCGCAAAUCAACACCUGCUGCCCAGCUGGCUGCUCCUGGUCUGCUCCGUCCGCCGCCACAACAAGACUGUGUGCAAGAUGUUUUCAGGUUUUCGCCGGAUCCCCCUCGAUGAUCUUCGCAAACCCCCCCCGGUCCGUGACGUGCAGCAGUACAUCCUUUCUCGGCUGGAUGAAGACGCAACACUUCGCCGCCAGCUCACCCCUGACACGGCCGACAUGCUGAAUCUGCUGCACAUCAAGAGCGGCGGCUGCUUUCUCUUCCUCGAGCGUGUGCUGGAUGGUGUGGCAGGUGCACUGGUGGGUCUACGGGAGAUCCGCGACAUCCCCGGGACUCUGAACGGCCUCUACCUGUGGCUGUGCCAGAGACUGUUCCCCCGGGGGCUCUUUGUCUUUGUCAGGCCUCUCCUCAACGUCCUCUUGGCUGCCGCGAGGCCCCUCACCCCUCAGCAGCUUUUCACGGCGACGUGGACACGUGACACCUCACUCAGCACCCAGGACUUCCAGAGAAAUCUCCAAACACUCUCACCUCUCCUGAUCGAUGGCCCUGGGGGAACCAAACUGCUUUUUCAUGCCAGCUUUGCGGAGUGGCUGACGGACGUUAAGUAUUGCACGCAGAAGUACCUGUGCAGCAGAACAGAGGGUCAUAGUAUGCUUGCCAUGGCUCUGACUUUGCAGGGACCCCACCUGAACAUUGAGGACACUUGCCAGCUAGCCAGAUAUUUGGUUUCGUCAGGUCACCAUAAAGAUAACCCCUCAUUAUUGGCCCUGUGGAUGCUAUGGGCAGGUGUGCCGGCUUUAACUCCUCCUGGCAGGACUUCCCUCACCACAUCCAAAACACGGCCUCCUGUUCUAGUCAGUCAGGAAGUACUUCAGUUGCUAAGGAGUACUGGACUCACCUCUGAAGGCUGUGUUUCAGACGGAGACCUGGGUGUUGGAGUGCAUUGUACAAGUGAAGAAGGAAGUAGCGUUAGAUAUGCACCUGAAACGGACAUGUCUGUAAAGAAGCUUCUAGGCUGUGAGGUCUCAGUAAAUCAGCCUGGUUCAACCGAUGAUCAUUUCUUACUUUCCAGUGUGGCCCGAGAGGGUUCCGCAAAUGUAGCCAAACUUCUCCUGUCACGCGGGUUUGAUCCACUGGUCAGUGAUCAACAGGGUCAAACACCACUCACUCUGGCUUCCAGGCAGGGGGAUGUGAAAGUGUUGUCUGUGCUCUUGGACUGGACCAAGGGCCAGGGGCCGGAAACUGCCGUGCGGAUGAUGGAGCAUGUCGACAACGAAGGCUGGACAGCGCUGCGCUCUGCGGCUUGGGGAGGACACAGCGAGGCUGUCCGUCUUCUACUGGAUGCAGGAGCAGAUGUGGACGGAUGUGACGCUGAGGGUCGGACUGCUCUCAGAGCCGCUGCUUGGGGAGGUCAUGAGGAAAUUGUGCUGACCCUGCUGAACUACGGGGCACAGGUCAACAAAGCUGACAGCAUGGGCCGCACGCCGAUUAUUGCUGCUGCGUAUAUGGGACAUUGUGAAGCGGUGGAGAUAUUACUGGACCACAAAGCAGCAGUUAACUUAGCUGAUGGAGAUGGGCGCACUGCCUUGUCAGUCUCUGCCCUCUGCGUUCCAACAGCAGCUGGGGUCAAAGGUUAUGGUGAAGUAGCAAGUCUGUUACUGGAGCGGGGAGCAGAUCCAGGACACAGAGACCAUGAUGGAAUGACACCAUUGCUUCUGGCAGCCUAUGAGGGCCAUGACGACAUAGUCGAGCUUCUGUUAGAUGCUGGUGCCGAUGUAGAUGAGACUGCUGGCCCUAAAGGCAACGUCCCUGCAGCAGCGGCUGUUACUCCCCUUCUCGCAGCUGCAGCAAUGGGCAACAUGAAGACUGUGUCCCGGCUGCUUUUCUGGGGAGCGGCUGUGGACGCCAUAGAUUGUGAAGGCAGAACGGCCCUCUGCUUGGCAGCAGCAAGGGGCAGCGUUGAAGUUGUCCGAGCCCUGCUGGACCGAGGUCUGGACGAGAACCACAAGGACGACCUUGGUUGGACUCCACUGCACGCUGCGGCUUGUGAAGGCCAUCGAGGUGUGUGCGCUGCUUUGACAGAGCAAGGCAGCAUGGCACGUGUCGGCGAGAUGGACAUUGAAGGACGCACCCCUCUCAUACUGGCCGCCCAGGAAGGUCACUGGAGUACCGUCAGGUUGUUGUUGGACAGACGUUCUCCCAUUGAUUACAGGGCGUACGAUGGACAUUCUGCCUUGAGUGCCGCCCUCCUGGAGGGCCAUGCUGAGGUGGCCGAACUGCUUAUGAGGCGAGGGGCUGAUACAGAUGUCCGGGACGCAGAAGGAAGGCCUCUGCUCUACCUUCUGGUGUUGGAGGAUCACCUCGAAAUGGCCAAUCUUAUCAUAGAGAAAGGAGGAGUGCCCCUGGAGUCCAGAGACUCUGAGGGCCGUACAGCACUUCAUGUUGCUUCCUGGAAGGGGUGUGUUGAGAUGGUGGACCUGCUGCUGAAGAAUGGGGCGAACCCCAAUGCGCAGGACUCAGAGGGGAGACCACCAAUCCAUUCAGUGGCUUGGACAGGACAUGUUGAAGUAGGACAUCGUCUCCUUGAAACCAUUGGUGUUGUUAUAGAUCUGCCAUGUCACCAGCGGGCAACAGCUCUCAGCAUCUCGGCCCAGGUGGGACACGCAAACAUUGUUGCAAUGCUUCUGGAAAGAGGUGCAAACCCCAAUCACAUGGAUAAAUAUGGCCGUACUCCAAUAAAAGUGGCUAGGAAACAUGGGCAUUUGAACAUUGUCAGACUCCUGGAGAGCUACGGAGCUAAGCCAUACAUAGGCCAGUUGCCUAGUUCUAGUGCUGUCUCACCUUCAAAACCCGACAAGAUCCUCUCAUCUGUAAUCUUCCAGAGGAAUGGAGGUGAAGGGACAGCUGCAACCUCCUCCUCAUCUGUAUCUUCUCCAGGCUCCACUGCCGAACAAUUCCACUCCAUGCAGAGCUCCCAAACCUCAUCCACCUGCCACUCGAUGGCCACGGUUCAGACAGUUCCGGCUGACAGCCUCAGCUUCAUUCAGCAAAUCCAACAGCACUCACUUCCCCGCAGUCGAAGUCGUCCCUCCACCUUGCCCCCGCCAGGGAGCUCGGGCAUUGGCAGCCUCCAUGGAAGCAGUCAGAGGCAUCCCAAAGGCAGCCUCCCUUCCACUGUUUGCACAGUCGCUGCCAUGGUGCACAACUGCAAACUGCCUCAGAAAGGCCUGCCGCCUGGACUUGAAUAUCAUGACAAAAUAAACAAACAAAACUCUAACUUAAUUAAAGCCGACAGGACUACUUACAGUGGCGGCAAAUGGAACACAGUCAUGGCUUCCCUUGGGAUAAUGCCAGGACAAGACAGCCCUGCGGUAGAUGCUAACAGCAGAGAAGGUCCUCCUCUGGGCUACCCAUACAGACUACAAAGCCCACUUCAAAGGGAGGCUUUGGAUUCUCUACCCCAGAAGGACAUUUUGUCACCUGCUUGCUACAGUUUUAGCCCGGCUCCACCUGGUAGUGCCUUGUCGGUCGAUGUUAUGGUUGGCAUGACAACCACAGACCCGCAACUUAAUCUGAAACAGGCCAUCAAACUACAAUUUGAGGGGCCCACCAGUGCAGCCUUAUACAAGAGAGAGACACCCCUUUGACUGGAUUGACAGCUUUUCUUUGUACAUCAACAUAUCGUGAUUUGGUCAGUUAUUAAAAAUAUGUAUAUAUUUGCAAAAGAAUUAACAAUGUCGCAGUGUGGUUUACAGCUUAUGUUGUGGUACCAAAACCAAAAGUUUCUGGUGGGGAAAUUUCAAUUGCAAUGACAAAGUCUUGUGUUUUAGGUGGAGUUUUUAGUGUAAACAAUGACUUUCUGGGUUCAGAGAGAGGAAAUGAUCUCUGACUCUCUCCACCCCCUUCUGAAAAUCAGAGGAAGAGCUAACGGAGUGACAUCAAAGCUUACAUUCCAGCCUUUCCGUCGCUUGUUGAAUGUGUUGAGCUGGGCUCUCGGACAAGAUCAUGUUUGUUCGUAUAAAGUCUAUGGCAUAUAUAUUUUCAUUUGGACAGUAGAACUAAUAACUAAAGUUGGCUUUAAAAUUUAAAUAAUUUAUUUUCUAGUAAAUCUCCUUUUUUAAGCAGUAAACAGUUUUAGGAUCGUGCCUUGAUCUUUUUAUCUGAUCUUUACUCUAUACUGGCCUAGACUGACGACCAAAAACAGUUUGCAGAAACACAAAACUAUCGAUGCCUGAGACCCAGUGCGGGAUUUAUGAUACAAACCAUAAAAGACAUCCAAGUGUACUCAACCAACUUGGCGUGUGUGUGUGUGUGUGUGUGUGUGUGUGUGUGUGUGUGUGUGUGUGUGUGUGUGUGUGUGUGUGUGUGUGUGUGUGUGUGUGUGUGUGUGUGUGUGUGUGUGUGUGUGUGUGUGUGUGUGUGUGUGUGUGUGUGUGUGUGUGAGAGAGAGAGAGCGGGCAGGAAGGCGAGUGAAAUUUGGACCAUAAAAACUGUGGGUGGUUUGUGGGAGUCUUUUUUCAUUCCAAACUUGUACAUUGUCACAGAACAAUUUCUAGUUCUUCAUCAUUUUUGCAUCGGUUGAUAUUUAAUUGCAGUCAUUCAUUCAUUAAAGUGGCGAAGUGCCAUAAAACCUA